GAUUAAAGACUCAAGUGAAAGAGGAAGCGAGGAUCCAUAAACAUAAUCACCAUUAAUUAUUUACAUUCCCUACAAGAAGAUAAUCCUCUGACAAGCAUACUCUAGGAAAAGAAACAUUGAAUACCCAGGCCACACCCAUUUGAGUUUUGUAAAAUUUUCAUGGGAAGAGAGAUUUCCUGAUUCAAGAGUGGUCGAUAAGAUGUUGGUUAGUCUUCCUGAUAGAUUUGAACCAAAAGUUGCUGCAAUUGAAGAGUCUUGUGACUUGAGCAGGCUUUCCAUUAAAGCACUCAAUGGAAAAUUGCAAGCUCAUGAAAAAAGACUUGCAAUGAGAUCUGACAAAAGUGUUGAAGGAGCAUUUCAAGCUAAGCACAAGGGGAAAUAUUUAGUUGCAAGUUCAGAUGGGAAGCCUAGGCAAGUGCAGCAGGCUAAUUUCACAGAAGAUCAGAAUGAGGAAGAUUAUAUGUUUGUGGCUAUGCACAGUUGUUUUGUGACUUCAGAGGAUUCAUGGUAUGUUGAUAGUGGUUGUACAAAUCAUAUGGUCAGAGAUGUGAAGCUGUUUACAAAACUGGACAGGUCUAUUCGAACAAGAGUCAAACUUGGCAAUGGUUAUGUAGUGCAAGCAGAAGGCAAGGGUAAUGUCUCAAUUUAAACUAAGGAAGGUAUUAAAACUAUCACUGAUGUUCUAUACAUUCUUAGUUUGAGUCAAAACUUGCUGAGUGUUGCACAAUUAAUGAAGCAUGGAUAUUCUGUACAUUUUAAACAAGACGUAUGUCAGAUUUUUGAUGUGCAUGGUUCUGAGGUUGCUAAUGUGAAAAUGGUUGAUAAUAGCUUCCCUCUAAUGUGGAGUGAUGUUAAGCAGCAUAUUCUGAUUUCUAAAGAAGAUGAGACUACCUUGUGGCAUAGGAGAUAUGGUCACUGCAAUGUUAGAAC